AUGAAUUCAAAUCCUUCCUCUGCUACAAUCACUCCAGCUCGAACCAAGAGAAUCAUUAUUCAACACAAUAGUCAUGGAACCACUCUCCCAUCAAAUCAGCAACUUGAUUAUAGCAGCUCUGGCUUAUCCGGCACUGAUGAAGAUGAGAUUUUCUUUGACUCGGAGAGUUAUUUGAGUGGAGAUCAUGCCGGAAUUGAUAGAAACUCAACUGUGUUGAGAGGUGGCAGAAGGUUGAAGAAUAAUUUGCAUUCUUCGAAUCUCAAUGUUGGAAGCGAAACAAUCAGUGGUACCACUUCUGGCAACACAUCCGAUAACAUUCCGAUCACCAGUAAUACAGGAAAUGACAUUGAAUCAAUGUCCUCAGCACAUUAUUCAUAUCCCCCCAUGUCUACUGGUACGAAUGUAAUGGGGGCUACCACUCACAUCGGUGUUUCUAAUGAAUUAAACAGGAAAAAGAAACUACGUAAAAAGAGUUUGCAAUAUCAACAAGAUCAAUUCCUCAAGUCCAGCUUUAAAGAAUUCAAAGACUCGCAUGGCUUUUAUGGAGGCGUUCUUACGGAAGAAGAUUAUAAGAAUUUAUUUGUCAUUCCGCAUGAAGAAAUUUUCACAACAGAGCACUUUAGGACUGUGAUUGAGCCUGCAUUGAGGGAAUAUGAAGAUGCACAAUCACGACAACGUCAACAGAAACACCAUAAAACAUACAAAGAGAUGACUGUGAAAGAAAGAUAUCACAAACUAGUUGACAAACAAGCUAGAGAGGCUCUACAAAGACAAUACGAUGUAGAAUUCAUUUCACUUUUAGAAGACAUUUUAAUUCCGUUCAUUAAUCAAAGAAAAGUGGAGUCGAAUAUCGAUAUCGAAGAAGAACAAGAACCUGAAAAGAACAAGGAAAUGCUCAUGGAGAGACUGAAAGGCAAUUUUAUGGUUUUGUCCUUAGCUGAUAAUCAUAGACGUUUUCUUGCACAUGCUGUUUGCCAAUUUUAUGGAUUGAAAUCAUUCUCCACUGAUUUUGAUUCACAAAGAGUGACAGUAAUUUCUAAAAGAAGACAUUUGGUCGAAACAGACCAAUAUCCACUCUAUGAAACAAAGAAAGAUUUACUCUCCACCUAUUUGGCUCAAUUCAAGCCAGAAAAACCAUCCUAUAUGAUCGGCAAUGAUUUAUUCAAAUAUGAAUGCAAUGAAAUUACCGUACUGGACAAGAAAUCAUUUGUAAAGCACUACAGAAAGAAGAAAAAGCACCACGAAUAA